UAAGAAACAACAACUAAAUUCCUAACCCAUGAGAAAUCAAGUUUUCAUGAUUUAAAUGAAUUAUGUGAAAUAAGGAGGGCAAGGUUUAUAUCUGCUCAGAAUCCUGGAGUCUUUCUUACAGCUGAGAUAACUUUCUGCCCGUUGUUUUUCUGAAGGAGCAAGUUUUUCUAUUUGUUUUUCCUCAGCAAGCAUACAUCGUGUACUUUGGGGUUGAAUUUGGAAUUCUUUUUUUUUUUUUUUUGGAAACUAAAUGACUAUUUUCUUAUAUAAUCCAGAUUGAAUAAAUACAAUUAUUAAUUUAACAUAAAUCUGGGAUUUUCCAACUUCUCACCCACAAAGCGAGUAUAGACAUCUCUGGAGUUGCAGCCCCGUCAGAAUGCAUGGCGACCGGCAUCACACUGAGGAUAUUGAACGAAGUCCAGUAGAGCUGUUGCCCAGAAAUCCAUACUGUUCGAAUGAAGGAACCCACUGUGGUUGUAGAUUGCCCACAGGGACCCUCCAGCCGCAGUGGGUUACAGCAAAACCAUGGUCACUCUGGAAAACAUUUCUGGUGUGUCUCUUGGCCUGUCUAAUUGCCACAACACUUGUUGUUCUGGUCUUAUAUUUUGUCCACUUCAGCAAGCCUGUCAACAGUACAACCAUCAUCAUUCACGCAGAUGGAAAGUCGAAUCAUGUCACCUGCAUCCCUGGUUCUACCCCAUCUCCUGCCUUAUCAACCCUGCCUGGAUCUCCUACCCCUUUGCCCAACCAAAGCUCCCCCACCAAGGUAUCUCCAUUCCCCAUGGAGACCACUAAAACAACACUGGAGCAUGAAAUUAUCAUUGAAGAACAAAAAUGACAUUUUUGAGCCCUUAGCAUUCCUCCAGCGAGAUCAACACCCUCCCCCUGGAGGAGGCAUGUCCAGGGGUCCUCUCUUUCCUGCCAAGAGGUGACAAAGCAUUUGGUUUCAUGAGAGCUUGCCCUUUUUGUUCCAAUCAUUGGCUGAAUUCCCAUAUCGUGAUGACUCAGUCUUGGACCCUGCAAUGUUCAAAUGAUU